AUGCGGCGCUGUCUACUUACACGUACGGCAAAUGUACUCCCCUCAACCUUCCACAACAGCAAGAGCGCCACUCCUUCUCGUCCAUUCGUUGCAGUGCCUAAGGUAGACACUGAUGAGGAGUCGUACCUGCAAAUGGCGCAUGAAUUAACACUUCUCUCAUCAGAUGAGUUUGCCCGACGACUUUAUCGCUUUAGUCGAACAAAUUUUGAUCCUAACCAUACAGUGGCAGUUCAUGCCCACGUGUCUGAACUGCUUCGCCGACGCAUACAUGAGAUGAGUGUCAAAUGCAUUCGAGAAUACGCUCAUUUAGCGCAUGUCGCUAAGCUUCAUGAUCUUUGUCUACAGGUAUAUUAUGCCCGUGCAAACCUUACGAUAGACCCUUCCUCUCAAGAGAAUGAUGAAACCAAUGGAGGGAACUUUGCGGUCUCUGAUUCUGUUGUGGAUAGUGCAUAUAACCUUGCCAGUAGCAGUGAUUUGGUUCGUCUAGCCUCAUAUUGUGUGAAACACCUGCAACAUGUUCCAUCUAUUAGUUGGGGAGUAAUGAGUGCCUUUUCACUAGUUCGAGCAUUUUGGCGUUGUAUCUGUAUUGCUUCAAAGAAUUGUAGUACACAUUCUACAGAGUCUAAACAAGCUCUUGAUGACGCAGCCUACAUUUAUAAUGAGUGUAUAGCGUUGGUUUAUCCUGACCCCUCACGAGAACUCAGCACUCAGAAUAUCAUACGUACUGUGCAAAGAUUUGUAAAGUAUGCUUCAUCUGGAGACGAAGGUGAAAUGCUUUUCUUUCAUUUCUGUCUCAAAAAAGGAUUCCUUCGUAGGCCACGGGAUAUGAUAAGGCAGGAUCCUGGUGUUGGUAGUGGUGAUGAUGGUGGUAGUGGUAGAGGUAGUGGUAUCAUACUGGAAACUGGAAACAAUGUAAUUAACAACAACAAGAUUAAUGAAGGGGGACGAGUUUCUGAGGAGCAAUGGUUCUACGCUAGUCUUAUCGCUACAUGUCGUGCUGGUCAUCAUGUACAUACAGCAUUACGAUAUUUUGAUGAUAUUGGGUCAUUUUUAGGUGUUGAACAAGUAAGCUGUGAUGACCUCCUUCGACCCCAUUCACGGAAUAUGCAACAAGAAGUGAGUGUGACUGAACGAGAAAAUAACAAGGAAAGGACGAUGAAUAGGAGAUCAGUAGAAAAGGUUUCAGAGUAUCUUAUUUUUCAAUUGUUGACUGUGCUUCAGGCAGCAAAAGAUAAUGGGAAAAUUGUCUUUACUGCGCGAACUAUGUUACGUGAUGGUGCUCAAUUAAGUAUAAGUGUCUGGAGUAUUGUGCUCAUUGCAGCAGGAGAAACACGAGCUGUGGAUUUAGCCAUUGCCGCAUAUACACAAGCCAAAGAUGCCUUAGUAAACUCUGAUCAAACUUUAGACAGACGCGGAAAUGAAUAUCUGUUACAGACGGCUAUUCACGCCCUAUCCAAGUGUCAGGUUCCCCGAUUUGAAGAAGAAUACCUGCGACCUUGUUUGGAACAAAAUUUAGUGCACUGUACUAAUGAGUUCUAUUUUUGCGUACUUCUGCAGCACGCUCAUAACUCAACAGACCCUGCAGCAGGAGCAGAAGACGUCUUGCAGGCUAUGAAAGAGAAAGGAACCCCUCUAACUACCCGAGUAGUGUCAAGAUUGAUGAAGAUAUACUUGCGUAUAGAGUCACCCAAGUUGUUGGAAUUAUAUCAACAUGCCACACAACGACUUGGUACAUUUAAAUCUUCUUGGUUAGAUGAAUUACUCCUCUGGGCAGAUCGUCGUCGCUACAAUCUUACAACCGAGGAACGCAAAUACAUAUUAGAUGAAGUGCAACGCGUGCAUGGUAUAAAAGGUGCAGAAGGUGAUCUUGGAGGACUACGCACACAGUAUGCACUCUUACGCUAUGACUACGAACACAACCCACGGGAGGUUUUUGCUCGCACUUUUAACCCACCAAUAACGGAACCUAAUAUCACAGACUCACGUGUUCAUUUUCUUAUUAAAAAACCUCACUGUGUGCUUCAUCAUCAUACAUUCCGCGAGCACAACGCCAACCCUACAACGCAACCUCUUUUAGGAGAUCCCGAGAGGACUCAAAAAUACCUGCGUUGUGCUAUGCUCUCCAGUGAAGGCGUUACUACAGCGAAAGGAGACAUACGCACCGAAGCAUUUCGAGUUUACAUGGGACAAAUGCUUCAAACGCUUCAAAUAAAGAAUAAUUACGCUGAAUAG